CAAUCAGAUGUACGAUUAACAGAAUCAACGACACGUGAGACAGCCAAAAUUCUCUCGAUAAUACUCCGUAAUUUUUUUCUAGGGUUCUUACGUUUUCCCCCAAUUCACUCCGUACAAAUUCAGAUUUUCCCCAAAAAAUCCGCGAAAUCACAAUAAACCAAUCGUCGAGAAAAUUCGAUUAUUUUGGGAUUUUUUUUUCUAACUAGUAGCAGAAGAAGAAGGUGAUUUCAAUUUUGAGAGUGAAGCAAUCAAAUUGAAAUGGGGAAGAGGAAAGAGAGAAGAUUAGCUGCGAAGAUUGGUGCUGGUCGCAGAGAGAUUUGGGUGGCACCUCUGCAAAAGAUGAAGAUGGAAAGGAUGUGGACAGCAAACAUGAUCCUGAGUUGUCAAAUUCACCCUCUUCUUCAGGUGGGUUCUGUCGGUUUUCUUCAAAAGGAUUUUGUAGAGAAGGCAUGAGUAUACGACAUUGUCUUCAUGGAAAUAUGGGUUUUUGAUAUAAGAAAUAUUGCUUUUCCUUCCAAGUAUCUGUUUUCAGAAUGUAGAGUGGCUGUGGUGUUACUAACAUUCACUGGUGAGAUAAGCCCUGUCCUGCCACUGUGAUACAGUGAAUGUCUUCCUACAUGUAAUGCUGUUUCAGGCAGCAUCGCAGCAUUAUGGAGAAUUGCAAGGGAAAUAUUUUCUUCGGUCAACCACCAGAGAACCCUCUAUCACUGCUUGGUCAAUAUAGUGAUGAUGAAUUGGAUGAUGGAUUAAAUGAAGAAGCUACUAACUCGGAUGAUGAUAAACAGGCUAAUGACUCUGCCUGCGAGCCAUUUGAAGAGGGGGAAAUUGUUGACAUUGAGGACCAUUCUUCUCUAACGGCUCACAAUUUGGGUGUGGGGAAAGAUUCUGUCUCUGCAAAUGCUUCACCAAUAGCAGAGGCUGAUGCUGUGAAGAGUAAUAUGGUUAGUUCGGACGAGAAAGGUCAUGAAGGUAUCGAGAACAAAGAUCAUGUUCCUGUGGCUUCUGAUACGAAAACCUCUGAAGGUAGGAGUUCCACAUGGAAAAUGGUGUUGCAUGAAGAGAGCAACAGAUACUAUUACUGGAACACCGUUACUGGAGAAACCUCAUGGGACAUACCUGAAAGUUUGGCCCAGGAUGCUGCAUUUCCUAAUGAACUUGAAAUUUUGGGGACAGAUAUGAAAGUGAAUGCAGCUCCAGCUGCUCCAGCUUCUUUUGGAGCAAAUUUGGAUAACUAUUCGGCAAGUCAAGGUGUAGGGUACACUAGUGAAAUUUCGGGUCUGAAGGCCAUGUAUGAACAAGGAUCGAUGGUAGAUCAAUCUCUUGGGCAAGCUGGAGUUGAUGGAAGUCAGUUUUUGGGGGGCUUCCCUGUAGUUGGUGCAGUUCCUUAUGGAGCCUCCUCUCUUGGGAACUACUCUUUAUCUGGACAUCUAGAUCCUAGUGGUGGGAGUUUAGCUGCCAGUAGUUAUGAGGGACAUGAUCAGAGUGCAUUAACCACAGAACAAGGGGCUGUUGAUCUUCCUUCACAACUUUUGAAAAAUGGUGAAUCAUUGCUAGAGAAACUGAAGCUACUGCAAAGGUCUGGGGUAGACUCUGUUGAACAUGGUUGGUUAUCCAAAUAUAUGUUGGAAAUUGAGAUUCGGCUUUCUGAUAUUAGGUGUCUUUUACCCUACGGGAUGUCAUUGGUUCCGUUUUGGAUGCACGUGGAAAGACAGUUAAAUCAGCUUGAAAAUGCUUUCAACACUGAAGUUGGGAACCAUAAUAAUAAAGUUAGUGUAUUGCACGUGUCAACUGAAGGAAAGGAGGCUAAUCUGAAAGUUGGAGGGGAAGCUGAGGUGGAUGCUAGUAUGAGAAAGCUGUCUCCUGAAAAUUUUGUUGAGGCUGUGCACAAUGUGGAUACAUCAGUGAUGGCUCAGAAAGAUAUACAUGAUAAGGCUUUGGAUGAUGGCAUCUCAAAUGUUCAGCAAUCUUCUCUACAAGACCCUCCUGGACAUCAGCAUUCUGGAAUUGAAGGUGAUAGAGAAUUCGAUGAGCCUGCAGUUUAUGGCAAAGCGACUCCGAAUUUCGAAUUUCAAUCUAAUGAAGAUGUGGACAUGGAUAUUGACAUGGAAGUUGAAGAUCAAAGCCCUGCAAGGAAAAGGAUUGUUGAUAUUGGAGAUCAAUUGGCAGCCCAUUCAGGGGAAUUAGUUCAGACAAAUGUUCCAAUGGCAGGGAUUUCCCCAAUACCAGAAAAUGAAUUUUUUAUUCCACCUCCUCCACAAGAGGAAUGGAUUCCCCCACCCCCCCCUGACGAGGGGAUUCCUCCUCCCCCACCUGAUGAACCUCCCGAGUCUCUAUACCCACCACCACCCCCAUCUGAACCAGAACCAAUGCCAUCUAUGUAUAGUGAACAACACAGUAAUACUUACAUAGAUCCCAGUGGGAACUAUUAUGGAAACACAAUCACAGAUUCAACAGGCACAGUUUUUUAUGAGCAUGCUGAUGCAAGUCAGAUAGCUGCCCUUGCUCCCCCAGCUUAUUAUGCUGCCGCCUCAAAUGCUCAGUCCACUCCUGUGCUAAAUCCUGUUGAUUCUGCAGUGUACUAUGGUGUUCCUAAUGGGGCAUUGCCAGUAGUACAUGUGCCCACUACUAUGGGACCUUCUAAUCUCCUGGAAGCACCAGGUCAUUCAAAUUAUGAUCCUCCAUCUUCUGAGCAAGUUGGGACAGUAGAUGCAGUGGCAAGGGCAUCUUCUUUGUCGAAACAAUUUGUAGACCCUGUUGCCCCUGAUGCUGAGCCUGAUAUUGCCCCUACUCAAUUGUCCUUAACUUCUGUAUCAUCUGCUCCAGCAACUGUAUCCUUAAAAGAUUUUGCUUCAGCUCCCUCUUACAGUGCUGCUGCUACUUGUGUUACGGUCACGGGUACAUCUGUUGCUGUUCCUGAUGCAUCUGCUGCAUUCUCAAAGGUGCAGCCUAAAGCUGCACGAAUGAAAAAACCAAAGGUUUCUGUAAAUUCUUCUUUAAGGUCUAACAAGAAAGUGUCCGGUUUAGUUGACAAGUGGAAGGCUGCAAAAGAGGAGCUACAGGAAGAGGAAAAAGAGGAACGUAAAACUCCGUUGGAAAUGCUUGAAAAGAAGAGACAACGAGAAAUAGAGGGAUGGCGUGCCCAGCAGAUUGCAAGUGGAGAGGCUAAAGAAAAUGCAAAUUUCCAACUGCUUGGAGGUGACUGGCGUGAACGCGUGAAGCGCAAGAGAGCUCAGAAAGCAGCUGCUGUGGGGACAACCUCAGACAAUGCGGAUGAUGGAUCCAAGCAGCCUGAUAUGAAUGAACUUUCAAGAGAUCUUUCUCCUGGGUGGCAGGCUUAUUGGGAUGAUUCGUCUAAGCAGGUUUACUAUGCUAACUCAAAUACCUCAGAGACUACUUGGACUAGACCAACGAGAUAGAGACUCCAAUCAAACUCGAUCCCUUUUGAUUGUUAUUGUAAUUGUGCUGGCUCCUUGUUAGUAUCAGAGGGUAUUGCUCACUGUAUAUUAGGAUUUUACGCAGUUGAUUUUAGAUUGAUAGUUACGCUGUACUCUAAAACAUCUUGAAGGCAAUUUUCCCACAGCCUACAUUUUAAUGCAAAUAUGUUUUGAUCAAA